GUGGAUGAAAACAUACACAUAAACAAACACACCCCUUCGUCAAACCCUAUCGUCUUCUUCAACCAAUUUCUCGAUGACCAUCACAAUUCUGAUAACCUAACACCACAAUCAUCACACCAAUCUGUAUUCCGGCGACAAUUUCAACCCUAAAAUCCUCACCAAUCGCUCUUCACAGUAGAAGACGAUGGAAAACUCAGUAGAAGAAGGUCCUCCGCCUGAUUCAUGGGAGGUUGCGGACUUAGACGCCACCAUGAGCAGGUUAAUGCUCUCAUCUAAACCAGAAACCAACAAUUUGAGUGCUAAUUGUUCCUCAGCUCCGGCUAGGUCAUCGUCUGGUGGUGCGUUGGAGGAGAUGGUCAAUUCUGUCGAUCAGUUUCUUCGUGAAGCGUUGCAAAACCCUAGGGAGCGCCUUUCAGUGUUAAGGAUGGAGCAAGAUGUAGAAAAGUUCAUCAGAGAUCCUACACGACAACAAAUGGAGUUCCAACAGCUACCCACUUCUUAUCUCCGUUUAGCAGCACACCGCGUUGCUCAACACUACUUUCUUCAAUCCACAGUCUUACUCGACAACACCCUUCCGGAAGGUUCCGGUACCAGAAUCAUCAUCUACAAGACUUCCGGACCCCGUCUUCCUCUAAUACGUUUAGCUGACAUUCCCGUAAAGUUACCAACCGAUGACUCAACCAACAAUGUUGUCAAGGUUGCGAUCAAACAACGGCCAAAUAAAAAAUCACAAAUUGCUGGAGCAAAUUCAAAUUUACAAAAGAGCAAUAGCUUGAAAAGCGUUGAGGAGAGAAAAGAAGAGUAUAAUCGCGCACGUGCGAGAAUAUUCUGUUCUAGUAGUUUUAACGGCAGUGGUAAGCAAGUGAGUGAUUCGAGAAUGCACGAAGGGUUCCGCCAGGGCUCUUUAGGGGCGAUAAAGGCGGAAGAAGUUUCUUCUUCAACAGGAACGAAUGUGAACAGUGGCAGGGGUUCGGUAACUUCGGUUGCUGAUACGGGUUCCGCAAGUAGUGUUAGAAUAGACGAGCCGAUUAGUAGGUCUAGGAAUAAUGGUAAAGUAGCAAUCUUUCGGGACCAUGAAGUUGAGCGGAAGGAUCCUGAUUAUGAUAGGAGCUAUGACAGAUAUGCACAAAGAUUCGAUCCAGGCUUUGGAUUUAACGGAGGCUCAUACCCGAUCCAACCUAUGUACGCGCCGGUUGUGACCUACAACACUGAAUUUCCGCAACUUGGUUCAGCUCAUACUCAUAGGGUUUCACCUAUCUCUACUGAACACCAGCCGCUCACUCUGACUCAACAGUUACCUGGACCAUGGGUUGCACCAUCCUCACCCGCAAGUAUUGGUUAUAGACCUCUGGAGUCAAUGGUGGGUCCGUUUAAUCCGAAUCAUGGCUCUGCACUAUACAUGCAAUACCCUACUCAACGGUCUGGGGUCACAUUCAUUCAUCCUCAUGAACAGGCCCACCAACAGUUGGCACAGUUUCAGCAGCAGCAAUCUGAUGCAAGUUUUGGACUAGCCCGCUCGCGAUGAGGGGCACUUCUGCCUAUUUGGAUGCCCGCUCAUCAAUCUCAGGUUUGUGAACAAUUUGAUUAUCAAAACUGUGAAUGUACACUUGUUUCCCAAGUGGAGGUAGUAAUAUCAUCUUCUUUUACUCUUAUUUAAACUGUUUUGUUGCCCGUGUUUUUUUAAUCUUAACUUUAUGUAUAUGUGCUUCGAUAUUCUUCGUAACUCAAGAACUCUUUCAA